CCCCCCCCCAAGUCCAUCCAUCCGCCAACCUCAGCGCUGCGCUCUGCCGCAGAGGGGUUGGGUGUGGUGAGGGGGGGGGCACCCCAUAAUAUCCCUACAACCCCCCCCCUCUGUUCUGCUUUAAUGCUGGGGGGGGCGCUGAGCAGCCCCUAUUAUUGCCAUAGGAACAGCUGUGGGUCGCCGCUCACUGCAGGGCCGCCGGGAUGAGCACAGCUGCCAGCCCUGAGCCCCCCCCAUCCCCCCCCGCCCCCGGACCCCGAUACUUUGAUCGCUUCCCUGAGGAUGACCCCGAAUACCUGCGGGAGCGCAACAUGGCAGCCGACCUGCGGCAGGACUUCAACAUGAUGGAGCAGAAGAAGAGGGUCACCAUGAUCCUACAGAGCCCGUCUUUCAGGGAGGAGCUGGAGAGUCUCAUCCAGGAGCAGAUGAAGAAGGGGAACAACUCGUCCCACGUCUGGGCGCUGCGGCAGAUCGCCGACUUCGUGGCCACCACGUCCCCCGCUGCCCUGCCCACCUCCCCCAUGGGUCUCACGGCGGUGACUCCCAUUAACGACCUGCACGGCCCCGAUGUUCCAGCUCUGGCCAAGGGCGAGCGUUUGAUGCGCUGCAAAGUGGGCAGCGUGCACCGCCUGCUGGACCUGUACGGCUGGGCGCAGCUGGGCCACGCCGCCGUCACCCUGCGGGUGAGCAAAGAGCAGGAGCACUUCCUAGUGGCCCCCCAGGGGUUGGCAUGCAGCGAGGUGACCGCAGCCAGCCUGAUCAAGGUGAACGUGCUGGGGGAUGUGGUGGAGCAGGGCAGCACCGACUUUGCUCCUGAUGCUCGUGCCUUCAGCCUCCACGCUGCCAUCUACGCUGCCCGCCCUGAUGCGCGCUGCAUCGUGCGCCUGCACACCCCGGCCACUGCUGCGGUGUCAGCCAUGCGCUGUGGCGUGCUGCCCAUCUCCCGUGCUGCUCUGCUGCUGGGGGACAUCGCCUACUUCGAUUUCCGUGGUGAGGUGGAGGACGAAGCCGACCGGGUUGAGCUGCAGAAGUGCCUUGGCCCCACAUGCAAGAUCCUGGUGCUGCGCAACCACGGGGUGCUGGCGCUGGGUGACACGGCCGAGGAGGCGUUUUACAGCAUCUUCCACCUGCAGGCGGCCUGCGAGGUGCAGGUGUCGGCGCUGGCGAGUGCAGGUGGAGCAGAGAACCUCAUCGUGCUGGAGCGAGCCAAGCACCGUCCCCACGAGGUGGGCUCCGUGCGCUGGGCUGGCAGCACUUUCGGCCCCAUGCAGAAGAGCCGGUUGGGAGAGCAUGAAUUUGAAGCCCUGAUGAGGAUGUUGGACAACCUGGGUUACCGCACCGGCUACACCUACCGCUACCCCUUCGUGCAAGAGAAAAGCAAACCCAAAAGCGACGUGCUCAUCCCCGCCACGGUGACGGCCUUUGUGUUCGAGGAGGAGGCGAUGCCCAGCCCUGCGCUGCGGCAGCACGCUCAGAAGCAGCAGAAGGAGAAGACGCGGUGGCUCAACACACCCAACACGUACCUGCGGGUCAGCGUGGCCGAGGAGCAGCAGGGAGGCCAGAAGACCAAGACGACCUGGCUGAAGGCUGACGAGGUGGAGAAGGGCAGCAGCGGCACCGCCAUCCGCAUCGAGAACCCCAACCAGUUCGUGCCCCUCUACACCGACCCUCAGGAGGUGCUGGAGAUGAGGAACAAGAUCCGUGAGCAGAACCGCCAGGAUGUGAAGUCUGCGGGGCCGCAGUCCCAGCUGUUGGCCAGUGUGAUCGCUGAGACCAGCCGCAGCCCCUCCACAGAAAGCCAUUUGGGGGAUGCUGACACCAAAAACCCAUCCCAAGAGGAGGCCCCCGCUGAGCCGGAGCCCCCAAACCCUUUCAGCCAACUCACAGACCAGGAGCUGGAGGAGUACAAGCGAGAGGUGGAGAGGAAGAAACUGGGGCUGCAAGGAGACAAGGAGGAAGAGGAGACUCAGGCAUCCCCUACAAAAUCACCACCGGGGUCCCCAAAAUCCCCCAACAAAAGUGCAGCCCCGGAGGGUCCGGAGGGUGACAAGAAGGUGGAGGAUGGCCAAGCUCCGGGCGAUUCCUCCACCGAGAAGGAGCCGCCGGCGGUGGUCAAUGGGAAGGAUGAGGAGCAGAGCACCGAGGAGAGCAAAGGGGGGGACCAGACAAGCACCCCAGCCAACCCAGAGCAGGACACCCCCAAGGAGAAGAGCGAGACGGUGACCAGCACCCCCGUCUCCCCCGAAGGGUCACCUUCCAAAUCCCCGUCGAAGAAGAAAAAGAAAUUCCGCACCCCAUCUUUCCUGAAGAAGGGCAAAAAGAAGGAAAAGAUCGAAUCUUGAGCCUCCCCCCCCCCAGAAAAAAAAGGCUUUGGUCUUUUCAAACGGGGAGGGGUCUGCGCCGUGCGUCUGGCCGUGGCGCAGCCAUAAACCCUGGAGGUGAACAAUAUGGCACCGUGUGUCCCCCCCUCACCCCCAUCACCCGCUAUGGAGGCGGCCACUGAUCUUACCAAGAGAUUUUGGCCCAUCUGCUGCUUGGGGAAAUACCCACCGCCACCUCCCUGCUCCCACCAGCACCCCCCCAUCUCUCCCAGGCACCUACAUGGGCUGUGAGGUUUCUUUGUCCCACCCGCUGCUUGUAGAGCCCUCAAUGUUGGGGCACAGCCCGGAUGCUCUUGGUUUUGAGGAAGAAAAGGGUGUUUUGUCGCUGUUUUGGGGUCCUUAAAGAAAACAUUUCGCUUCACGCUCUGCUGGAACGACGUCGGCUUUGCCCCCUCUUUGCCUGAGUGAUGGGAUGGAGCCCAACACCGGAGGAUUGGGAUGCUUUCCUUCUCAGAUUGCAAUCCUUACCCCAAGGCUGUGAGCCAACCUCCAUCCCCUCCUGGUGCCACACUCACACGUUGGCUGCUUGCUGGAGAGCAGCAGGAUUUUUGCACCUCACCUGAGAACACAGGAGACGAAGAAGCCUCGGGGGCAGAGCCGUGUAAAACAAACGUCACUCACUAAGUGCUACUUUGGGAUGUCGAUCCCCUUCAGUAGGAGGCACUGCCCUGCUCCCCCUGCACCGUGUUAUUGAGUGCCUGUACACAUAAAGAGCACCACAGCUGCUUAGCCCAGCUCCGGACUCCUGAACACACACAGAUCCUCAUUGCCCAGCCUUACAACCCAAAGGGAAGGAGAAAAAGCAGCUCUGAAGCCUGGAAAAAUGGCUUUUGCUGGGGGGGGGGGGGUCACUGAAGGCAGGAUUGAGUUGGAGGGGAUCUCAGGGGCUGCCUGGUUUCAUGUCCUGCCCCCAUGGAUGGGGCACCCCCAGCUGUGGGCAGCAGUGCCUCCCUGCCCUCUGAGUGAGGACUCUCCUGCUGCCAUCUCAUCUCCAUCUCCACCUGAUGGCUCCAAGUCAUUCCCCAUCAUCCUGCUGCCAUCAGGCCAUGCAGAAAGUCCCUCUUUAUCCUGUCCAUGAGCUCCAUUUAAGCUCUGGCCCUUCAGCUGCCCUCAGCCUUUCUUACCAGCUCUUCCUGCUGCCCACCCCCCAUAUUCUCUUGCUGCUUUUUCUCCUCUCCCAGCCCCCCCUCGUGCCCCUCAGCCCCCCUGAGCCCAGCACCCCCCACCCCAUUGUGGCUUUUUAGCUCCCAUUCCCAGGGCUGUGGCUGGAAUGGAACCGUCCCAUCCAAGUCCUGGGCUGGAAGAUGAGGCUUAGAAAAGGCUUUGGGGCACCAUCACGAUGCUGGACGAUGCCUGAAGCCCCCGCUGCGCUCGGUGCCGUGGGGUUGGGCUGCAGGCUGGUGCUGGGAGCGCUGUGUAACGCCUGCCUGUACAUAAUAAACCCCAUGUUCGGC